GAUCAGGUGCCACCUUCGACCCUCACCUGAGGCAGGCGGUAUUCCGACCGGCUUCACCUAUCCACAUCUCUCUCUCUCUCUCCCUCCCUCUUCCGUCUCUCUCCUAUGCUCCACACCUCCACGCCUCUCCUCACCUGUGGAGCUCCCCACAGCCCGUAACUACCUGCCCCCAGUCCCCGCCGCCCCGCCUCGCCUGACCCCAGUCCCCGCGGUUUAUCCACCACGACACCACCACCUCUCCACCGCUGGGCCGGAUCGAUCGGGAUCGCGCCGCCGCCGCCGCCCUCCGCACUCGCGGGAUCCUGCUCCUACCAUGCAGCAGCGCUGCGCCCUUGCCCGACCGCGCCGGCCCGCCGAACCGCGCGUCCCGCUCCCCGACGACCACCCCUUCGUCGCCGUCUUCUCCUUCCUUUUCAUCCCCACCUAAACCAACCUCCUCGCAGCGUAAUUCUGCCAGUAUCUCCUCAUCUUCUCUCGUCGCCGGGAGAGCGAACGGAUCGCCGCGUGCUCGGCCGACGGGAUGAGCCGGGAGGCGCAGAAACUCGAUUGCGCCACCGGCGGCGGCGGCGGCGUCGGGAUAGGGGUCUUGUCGCUGGACCUGCUGGGCCAGGUGCUGGACCGCCUACGGGAGCCGCGGGACCGCAAGGCGUGCCGCCUCGUCAGCCGCGCCUUCGAGCGCUCCGAGGCCGCGCACCGACGCGCGCUGCGGGUGCUCCGACGCGAGCCGCUCCCGCGCCUGCUCCGCGCGUUCCCGGCGCUCGAGCGGCUCGACCUCUCUGCCUGCGCUUCGCUCGACGACGCCUCCCUCGCCGCGGCUGUUGCCGGUGCCGGUGGGGGCCUCGCCGGCCUCCGCAGCGUGUGCCUCGCGCGGGCCAAUGGGGUUGGCUGGCGCGGCCUCGAGGCGCUCGUGGCUGCCUGCCCCAAGCUGGAGGCGGUCGAUUUGUCGCACUGCGUCAGCGCCGGGGACCGCGAGGCCGCUGCGCUGGCGGCGGCGGCCGGGCUCAGGGAGCUGAGGCUGGACAAAUGCCUUGCUGUCACCGACAUGGGGCUCGCCAAGGUGGCUGUUGGCUGCCCCAGGCUGGAGAAGCUCAGCCUCAAGUGGUGCCGUGAGAUCUCUGAUAUCGGAAUUGAUCUGCUGGCCAAGAAGUGCCCCGAGCUCCGCAGCCUCAACAUAUCCUACCUCAAGGUGGGUAAUGGAUCCCUUAGAUCAAUUUCCUCACUUGAGAGGCUUGAGGAAUUGGCAAUGGUUUGUUGUUCAUGUAUUGAUGAUGAAGGCCUGGAAUUGCUGAGCAAGGGGAGUGAUUCGCUGCAGAGUGUUGAUGUGUCAAGAUGUGAUCAUGUGACUUCCCAUGGGUUAGCUUCACUCAUAGACGGUCGCAAUUUUCUCCAGAAGUUAUAUGCUGCAGAUUGUUUGCAUGAGAUAGGACAGCGUUUUGUAUCCAAGUUGGCAACACUGAAGGAAACCUUGACAACAUUGAAACUCGACGGUCUUGAAGUCUCGGACUCUCUUCUUGAAGCCAUUGGUGAAAGCUGUAACAAAUUGGUUGAGAUUGGACUUAGCAAAUGCAGUGGUGUUACAGAUGAAGGAAUCUCAUCUCUUGUAGCUCGGUGUAGUGACCUAAGAACAAUUGAUCUCACAUGCUGCAACCUCAGUACCAACAAUGCUCUUGAUUCAAUAGCUGGCAACUGUAAGAUGCUUGAAUGUUUGCGGUUGGAAUCCUGCUCUUUGAUAAAUGAGAAGGGACUAAAACGAAUUGCAACUUGUUGCCCCAAUCUUAAGGAGAUAGACCUCACUGACUGCGGAGUGGAUGAUGCAGCAUUGGAGCACUUGGCUAAAUGCUCUGAAUUGAGAGUAUUGAAAUUAGGCCUAUGCUCAAGUAUUUCUGACAAAGGCAUUGCGUUUAUUAGUUCAAAUUGUGGAAAACUUGUGGAGCUUGAUCUCUACCGCUCUAUUACCGAUGAUGGGUUGGCAGCUUUAGCAAAUGGAUGCAAGAGGAUCAAGUUACUGAACUUGUGUUACUGCAACAAGAUCACUGAUACUGGUUUGGGUCACUUAGGCUCCCUGGAGGAGCUCACAAACCUUGAACUGAGGUGCUUGGUCCGCAUAACAGGCAUUGGGAUUUCCUCAGUUGCAAUCGGAUGCAAGAACCUGAUAGAGCUGGACUUGAAACGAUGCUAUUCGGUUGAUGACGCUGGCCUGUGGGCUCUUGCUCGUUAUGCUUUGAACCUUAGACAGCUUACGAUAUCGUACUGCCAAGUCACGGGGCUGGGCCUGUGCCACCUGCUGAGCUCCCUGCGGUGCCUCCAGGACAUUAAGAUGGUGCACCUCUCAUGGGUCUCCAUAGAAGGGUUCGAGAUCGCGUUGCGAGCAGCCUGCGGGAGGUUGAAGAAGCUGAAGAUGCUCUGUGGGCUGAAGACCGUGCUGUCCCCUGAACUCAUCCAGAUGCUGCAGGCGUGUGGCUGCCGAAUAAGAUGGGUCAACAAGCCUCUUGUCUACAAGGACUAGACCACCUGUUCCUCAUCGUUUGUGAAGUUUCAGCGCUGCCAUGGAUUGCCAAGAGCCCAAGACCUACCAGGUUUGCCCUGUGAGCCAUGUGAGAUGUUCUGCAAUAGUCCUUGUGAGAUAUUCCGCAAUAAUCGUUGGGGGCGUAACAUAUCUAGCGGCGAUUAUCGGCUCUGCUCCAGUGUAUGUACACUGAGGCAUCGGUUAUGUUCAUGUGUAUAGCCUGCAGUGGGAUGAUCCACUUCCUGGGAUUACUUUAGUGUGUUUGUUACUUCAUUCCGCAUGGUUUGGGCCUUUGAAGUUAAAAGAAUCAUAAGACCUUGUUCGGUUAUUGAUAUUACAUGUGUAUUGGAGUGUAUUAGGUGGGAUUAGGAUGGAUUUUGACUUGUUAUGGAUUUAAACCGGCUCAAUCCUAUUCAAUACAUGUGGAUUAUCACCAAAACGAACAAGCCCAGGGAUAUGAUCCAUGCUUUGGUUCUUUCUUACUUUUGGCUGACACUACCUUAUCUGAUAAUAUGUAUAUGGUGUUCUGUUUCA